AUGUUUUCAUCUAUCCUUGAUGUACUUGAGGAAAUUACAAAUGAUAGUUUGAAUAGUGACAAAAAAUAUGAAGCAUCUAUUAUGUUACAAGUGGUGCAAUCAUAUGACUUUGUGUUUAGUUUGCAUUUGGUAAAAAAUAUACUUGGAAUCACAAAUGAGUUGUCGCAAGUCUUACAAAAAGGUGAUCAAGAUAUUGUGAAUGCCAUGGAUUUAGUUAAAGUAUGCAAGGAGCAAUUACAAAUAAUGAGAGAUAAUGGAUGGGAUUCCUUAGUAGAAGAAGUUUCUAAGUUUUGUGUGGAAUUCAAUAUCGAUGUUCUAAAUAUGGAUGGAAUGUAUUGUGCUCAAGGAAAAUCACGACGUAGAGCUCCGAAGCUUACAAAUUUUCACUAUUUUCGUAUUGAUUUUUUCAACAGUGUGAUAGAUUUACAACUACAAGAGCUAAAUAGUCGUUUUAAUGAGGCUAACACUGAGUUGUUACUUUGUGUAGCAUGUUUGUCUCCAAAUAAUUCUUUUGAUUCUUUUGACAAGGAAAAGCUAAUUCGUCUUGCUCAGCUCUAUCCUCAUGAUUUUUCUACAGUGGAUUUGAGGGUACUUGAAUUUUAA